AUUUGAGGCAUAAAUUGCUUUGUUCAAUCUAAAAACCAUAUUUGUAAUUUCAUGUACUGUUUUAACGGCACAUUAAGAAAAUAUUUUGGUUUCUGCUGCAUUUGUCAAUGAUUUCAUGUUAUAAUGACAGAUAUCCCCAGGGCUUACGACAUUUUGGACAAUCCGAACUUGGUAGCACCGCUACCCUAUCUAAACUUUUUGCGUUAUCUCAAACGCAAGCACCCACGUUUUGGGUUCCGGCGCCUGCUGCAGGAGGCGCCCGCGCAGUGGGAUGCACUGAACAAAGGACAAAAGAAUCUAUUUCAGAAGCAGCGCAUCUUAGCAAGAAUUGCGCGCUCUACUCGUGCUCGUCUCCGCCGUGUCCUGCAACGAAACAGGGCAAGUCCGCGAAAGCGCAAUGCAGUCCGACGUCCCAUAUACGACAGACGUCCGCGGGCGUCCCGUCCACGCAAACGGGCACGUUAACUGAAAUCUUUAAAAUCUACAGAUAGUUAUAUGUAGUUUAUGCAUUCCCAAAAAUCUGGACCUAGUCGAAAACAAAUGUCUAUCCCAAGCUGAAAGUCUGAUAACCUGCCGUGAAAAUGACGAUACAAA